CGCUUUCCACUCGGCAGACGCGCGGCGCCCGGCGCGGCGCCGCCGGCGCGGAGAGGCACGGCAGCCGGCGGCAGCGGCGGCCGGGCCGCGGCGGCGCCCGGGCGGGAUCGGCGCUGAGCCGCCUUCUCGGCCGGCUGGUCCCUGCGGCGGCUGCCCGGCGGCCCGGGCGCGCGGCCCUUCGCCAUGUACACCUUCGUGGUGCGCGAUGAGAACAGCAGCGUCUACGCCGAAGUCUCCCGGCUGCUUCUCGCCACCGGUCACUGGAAGAGGCUGCGGCGAGACAACCCCAGGUUCAACCUGAUGUUGGGCGAGAGGAACCGGCUGCCCUUCGGGAGACUGGGUCACGAGCCCGGGCUGGUACAGUUGGUGAAUUACUACAGGGGCGCUGACAAACUGUGUCGCAAAGCUUCUUUAGUGAAGCUAAUCAAGACAAGCCCUGAACUGGCUGAGUCCUGCACAUGGUUCCCUGAGUCCUAUGUGAUUUAUCCAACCAAUCUCAAGACCCCAGUUGCUCCAGCACAGAAUGGAAUUCAGCCACCAGUCAGUAACUCAAGGACAGAUGAAAGAGAAUUCUUUCUCGCUUCUUAUAACAGAAAGAAGGAGGAUGGAGAGGGCAACGUUUGGAUUGCAAAGUCAUCAGCUGGUGCCAAAGGUGAAGGCAUUCUCAUCUCGUCAGAGGCUUCAGAGCUUCUCGAUUUCAUAGACAACCAGGGCCAAGUGCACGUGAUCCAGAAAUAUCUUGAGCACCCUCUGCUGCUUGAGCCAGGUCAUCGCAAGUUUGACAUUCGAAGCUGGGUCUUGGUGGAUCAUCAGUAUAAUAUCUACCUCUAUAGAGAGGGUGUGCUUCGGACUGCCUCAGAACCGUAUCAUGUUGAUAAUUUCCAAGACAAAACCUGCCAUUUGACCAAUCACUGCAUUCAAAAAGAGUACUCAAAGAACUAUGGGAAGUAUGAAGAAGGAAAUGAAAUGUUCUUCAAGGAGUUCAAUCAGUACCUAACAAGUGCUUUGAACAUUAGCCUAGAAACUAGUAUCUUACUACAAAUCAAACAUAUAAUAAGGAACUGCCUCCUGAGCGUGGAGCCUGCCAUUAGCACCAAGCACCUCCCUUACCAGAGCUUCCAGCUCUUUGGCUUUGACUUCAUGGUGGAUGAGGAGCUGAAGGUGUGGCUCAUUGAAGUCAACGGUGCCCCUGCGUGUGCUCAGUCUGGGAGAUGCCCAGAGGAACAGAAGCUCCUGAGAACCUGCCCUCUGGAACUUCUGCUCCUCUCGGGAGAAGCCUGGCUGUAGUAUCAGUGACGUGGAGUCAUUAAGGAGGAAGGAAGGAAGCUCUAUGCAGAACUGUGCCAGGGCAUCGUGGACAUAGCCAUUUCCAGUGUCUUCCCACCCCCAGAUGUGGAGCAACCUCAGACCCAGCCAGCUGCCUUCACCAAGCUGUGAUGGAGGGGCGCUCCCUGCUGCCUUGGAAAAAGCACGGGGUCCUGCUCCAGGGAACGGUGAAAUGACUGGAUUGCUCUUUAUCCAGCCCACAGCAGGGGAAAGAAAGGCCACUCGCAAAGAUGAGAUGGAAGAAGGCACGUGAGCAGAGGAUGCAGCUCCCGAAGACAGGGUUGCUCAGGGGGCUUCCCAGGCGGAGCACUCAGCAAUGCUGUUGAGACGUUUGAAAACAACUUUGGUACACAAAGGCAGCCUUGUGAGCAGAGCUCCUUCCCCUCUCCCCGGGAAUGGCAGGGCACUGGGACCUCUGGUCGGUGCCUCCCACCCACUGCAGCCCUAGUGCCUUAGCUCCAUGCCCGGCUGCAGCCCCACUGCUCUGGACUGUGGAUUGGACGUUAGAGCAUAUUGGAGGUUGCCUGUGUGUUCCCCGCCCAUCCCUUCCGUAACGCUCUGCCACUCAGCUCUGGACAAGCAUGCACCAACAGUCCUUAGUUUUGUUUUGUGCACUGGCCUCUCGGUGAAGGUGGUUUCCCGCAUCACCUUCCUGAUGGCGUUUGGUCAGUCACCUGUCAGGGUUUGUGUGGGUUGGGCCCCAGAACAGCAUAUGCUGCCCUAAGUCUGCUCUCUGCAUGUUUUAGAAACAAAGUGGCAAGUCUGCCCUGAACCUGUAAGCAUCAAAUAAGCAUGAGAGAGAAAAAAAACAUGAUAUAUUGCUUUACUUAAUAGGUUGAAUAUGGUAGAUCUUUGAAAAUAUGAUGAUUCAAUUUUCUCAAUUUUCUUUUGACCAAAAUUCUAAAUGCAGUUUUGCCUAGUUCCUUUUUUUUUAAAAAAACCUUUGUAAAAACCUCUCUGAGGAUCAGGAGUCAGUAAAAUUCCACUCCCCAGUGGCACUGCCCCAGACAAAGGUUGCUUUCCCCCUUUUUGUUCUUUUUAUGCCCCAAGCACUUUCUGCAGUAGCUAGAGGGACAGGUUUCCUUCCAGGAGGGAUGUAAGUUCCUGUGCCUGUAGGCAUCAGGGGAGUAUAUGUGAGAGUAUAUGUCCUGCCUGAAUGGGAAAGUCUUCUAAAAUGGGAAGGAAGUGGUUUCAGCUCCACACAGCGUCUUGUAAGUCUCUACAAAUGGGUACUGUUAGAAGUGGCUUCCACUUACUGGAUUAACUAAUACUUUAUAGGCUUUUCAGGAGGCCACGUCACUAGCAGUAGGGAGAACAAGAUGUCAUUUGUGUUCAGUGUAAGCUGAGUAGACAGGCCCUUCCUAGAGUGUCCUGGAAAUCACAGCAACCCAUUGAAAACUGCCCUCCCCACCAGAACGUGCUAUGUUCUUUCUUCAUGGCUAUGCGUGCUCCAUUCCUCGUUUCUGCUUGGCUCAAGAAAACAUUUCUGCAGUCAGGUGAGACUUUUACAAAAGAGGAGAAAAUCAUUGCCUCCUUGAACAUGAUGAGAUGUGAGAACUUACAAUGAAAAAGGCAAUAAUGAUAGAAAUUAUUUCUUAGGUGCAGCAAUAGUUGAUAGGAUGUGAGGGUGUUACCUUGGGGUGAAGUAGAGAAGGUCCCAGGUGAAUUGGCUCUCAUGGACAUUUGAAAUUACAAAAUAAACGUCCUCGGGAUUACCCAGAAUACAGAUUUAAAAGUUUGCCUGUAGAGCAAAAUAAAACAGUCAGUUGUAAUUGUUAAUGUUUGAGGCCCAACGCAGCCGACGGGUUGGUAUUUGGGAAAUUCAGAGAAGGCAAUGAGAUCUGAUCGGAUGGUGGGAAGAUGUAUACCCAGUUAGAACGUGUAGGGUUCUGGGUCCCUGGCAAGUCUAGGUGGGUGGGUGACAGGAAAAGCAUGGGCGUUUUUGUAAUGCUGUCACAUGCUAACACAGGUUUGUAAUUAUCUUUUGGACCCAAAUUAUAGAGACAUUCACGAGUUUUCUAGCCCUCACAGUAACAGAGCUAAGAAUUCAGAUGUCAGGAAGUCUGUGAAUCUUGAUGGAUUUUCUGAGAAACCUGAUUCAAUGGCAUAUAUAUGAGGGAAGUAAGACUUUUAAGAAAAGAAAAAGUUAUGCCUCAUUCCUCAUAUGGCUUCCAAUAAGUAUCUUAGGCACUUAUUUUGUUUAUAAAUAUUUUUAAAAUUUUUUAAAUUUUAUUAUUUUUUACAAGGACGUGGUCUCAUUAUGUUGCGCAGGCUGGAUCGCAGUGGCUAUUCGCAGUUGCAGUCAGCACAUUGCAGCCUCGAAUUUCUGGGCUUGAGUGAUCCUCCUGUCUCAGCCUCCUGGGUAGCUGAGACUACAGGUGCACACCACCAAGCCUGGCUUUAUGUAUUUAUUUCUGUUCAUGUGGAAUGAUUGGUUCAGAACUGUUCCUUUCCCUUCCAUGAUGUCCUUGACACAGAAGGUCAUGCCUGGCUCGCAGUCAGGCUUCAUACUUUUGGUCCAUGUAAGUGCUGCCUGUUGCUGGGGGAGGAGUCAUUGUUUAUUUGGAAAUGUCAGUUGCAAUCAUGGUUCUGUCAUUUGACUGCACAGUAUCAGAGGAGCCUGUUAACCUCUCUGUGCCUUAGUUUCUUAGCCCAUGAAAGAGAUCAUUGCCUGACCCAGGGACUACCUCAAGGGCUUUUGGUGAGGACAAGUGACAGUAGGAAGAUGCAAGAGCCUUUAGUACCAAGGUUCUCAACACUGACUACAUGCUCGAAUGACUUGUGAAGCUUUUAAAACAUGUUAGUGCCCACUCUUCCCCUCUCUGCCCGGCCAGUGAAAUCAGAACCUCAGACAGCAAUAUGCCUUGAGAUGCGUUGAACCACACUUGAGAAGGAAGGACAAACACAUUAUUACCUUGGAAGAAUUGCAUAAGGCUUAUGACUUAAAAAAAAAAAUUCUUUUUGGAAACACAAGCAUUUCUUUAAGAAUGACCAGAUGUUGCCACAUGUAUUUAUGACGCAAGCAGGUGUUAUCUAAGCAGUUUCUCUGUUUGCUUAUCGUAGCGGCAUUUGGAAACUCGAACAUGCUUUCAUUUACGUAAAUAGUUUAUGGAGCUUUGACAACAAAUGUAAACAGACAUGAAAUUAUAAAUCUGCUAAAUGUGUA